AAUAAUUCGACCUUCAAGUUGAAUACUGCACGAGACAUGAUACUAGCUAUUUAUAUGUAGAGUGUUUUGUUGGAACGGUACCAGAUAGUUUUUGAUGGUUCGCUUAGGCGCGUGUAAAUAAAUAUAUAUAUAACGAAUAGACAAUGGAAACGAAUUGAAAGAUUAUCUAUAUCCUAAGUUUGUUGGUAUUAGACUUUGUUUGUGAACAGUUUUUGUACAGCGUCCGUCCGCCAUUAAUUAACAAGAUAAACUUGGCUGAACUUCCUGAAGACCAGAGAAAUAAACAGUUCAAAUAAAAGACCGUUAGAUCAUCCAACUUGAUUGGACGCUAAGAUCAAAUAUUCUGACGAAACUGACCCGACGGACAAAAGAUGGCGACCCUUGACCUAUGUUGGUAGCAGGGGACCAUUACAUCAUUGUGUGAUUAUGGGACGUCUGUGGUCAGUAAUGGCGCCACGGUGUAAAAGUGGACGUCUGUUAAAGCACGUGAAGUUAUAACAGUAUUAGUCGAAUGAACACGAGGCGAUUGAACAAAGACCCUGAUAUUUUGACGUUCAUUGGAAAACUAAAAGAUUUUGGGACCAAAUCAAAAGAGAGGACCAAGGUAGCAGCUAUUGUCCAGACACACGCUGGCUUGUAAUGGUUUAUGAACUUGUGAAAUCACCACGUUAAGUCACCAUCAACAUUUUAACGCGCACUUCCUGAUCUUAUUGACAUGGUGUACCAUAGUUACUUAAUCUUUGAUGGUCAGGCUAUUAUCUCACUUAUUUAAUAAACUUUGACCCUGUUUUAAACUGAGGUCUACAUGUCGAUGUCCGACGAUUAGCAUCAAAGGAGCUGGCGAUUGAUAAGCGUUGAACUAUUCGCAACUAUUUGGAAUUUUGUUGAUUGAAUAAAGUCAAGGAUUUUAACGAUGACGUGAAGAUUUUCUUCUGUGGUUGUGCCAAAUGAUCUUGCCCUUGAUUCCAUACUGUGUUCUUACGCUUGUGUUCCUUGUGUAGAUAUACACAGAAUCUGUUCUGAAUAUUCCGACGUUUGUGUUGCUAAACAUCCAAAUUGUGUACACGAUGCCGACCUUUUUAGAUGAAGAGUACCUUCUCUUUGAAGCUGCGAAAUUUGGCAAAGAGGAUAAAAUCCGAACAUUAAUCUCUAACGGGUGUCGGUCAAACACGUGCGAUGGUCAGGGUAGAACGGCGUUGCAUUGGGCAGCAGAAUACGGAUACCUGUCCACCGUCUGUCUUUUGGUCGAUUCCGGAUGGGAAAUCAACAAACAGGAUCAUAAAGGUCAAACGCCAUUAUUGAUCGCGUGCAAUUGUAGACGGGAAGACGUAGCCAUUUGUUUGCUGAAGUUAGGAAUCGAUGUGAACACCUGUGACGUCAACGGUAACACUGCCUUACAUAGAGCCGUUCAUUUAAAUCUAGAAUCUCUUACGUUGCUUCUCAUUGACGCCGGAUGUGACAUCAACGUUCAUAAUGAUUCGAACUGGACGUCAUUACACGAGGCAGCAAGAGUAGGAAAUGAAAACAUCAUUCGAACGUUGUUACAACGCGGUGCUCAAGUCAACACUGUAACGAAAAACAAUAUGUCCCCAUUUUUAUGUGCAAUAUUUUAUUACAAAAUAGCACCGAGAAACACAUAUCAAUGUCUAGAUACCAUACUUAAAAUGUUUAUAGAUUCUGGGUGCCAACUUAGCCAAGGUGACAAACAAACCACGCCAUUUUCAGCUUGUAUCAACAUGGACAACAGUUGUAUCGCAGCUUUGUUAUUAUUUCACGGAAGUGUGGUAGAACGGAAAGGAAAGUUUAGUAAAAGUAUUUUAGUUGAGGCGUUUACUCGUUGUGAACCGUUUGUCACCAAACUUUUAGUAAUGAGCGGGUACCAGGUGUGGCCAGAAGAGGUCGACCAAUGUUCGCGACGAAUUCCCGCCUUUUCCAGGUCGUUCCUACGUCUAGCGGCACCGGAUAUAGAUACUGGAAGAGGGCGAAAUGAGUUAAUUCCGUGGUUACGCCACCGAUCCCAAAAUCCGUUCAGUCUAUUGGAACUGUCUCGGCAUGCAGUUCGAGUAGGCUUGAAUAUUGGAACCGGUGAUACCUCAAUAAUAAACAGUAUUAACUUUUUACCUAUUCCCACUUUUCUCAAGAAUUUCGUGGCCUUAGAUGACUUUGCAAGCAGUUUAACCAUAUAAGAUAUAAGUCCCAGUGGAAUUUGGUAUGGUAUUUGCAAGCCUGGACAUAAGGCACCAGGUCCUGUCAUAGACAUUUUCAGGCACAAGUUAUCACACAAGGUAUAUUAUUAUAACAUAAUUUUAUUAUAAUAUGUUGUAUGGUAAUUUGUGUCUGACGAUGUCUAUGACGGGUGCCUUUUUUCCGGUUUUGGGUGUUUGAUUAAAAUCUAAAAAAAAAAAAGAAAUUCUGACGAUAAAUCAGAUUGGCCAAAUAUGUGGAACACAUCGUUCGUUUUGGGUUGACCAAAAUAUAGCACACACAUGUACCCACAAGACACCAGAUUCGUAUUGGUAUUUAUGUAAACCACAAUUAUAUAACUAAAUCAUAUAAUGAAGGCUACGAAAAACAAGCCUAAAUAUGAGAGUUAUCUUAUCCUGGACGACGAUCCAGUAAACUAAAAAUGGCAUCGUAUAGUGAGUGGUACAUACGUGAUACCCACAUGAAUCUGUAGCAAGUUGUCGUUUACUGUAUUGUCCUAGUCAGUAUAAAGGCCCAUCUGUAGUACGCUAGAGUAGGCACAGGCCUACACACACCAAGAAUUAUUUGUUGACGACAGUCUGUUUGAGCAAACCACAAAUCGUACAACAUGGCCACCGAUUGUCUCUGUCACCUAUUUCUCGACGCAGGUUUCUUGUCACUGAAGAAACGACGAUAGUAUGUCGAUGUUUAUGGAAGUUUUGGUUUGGACAAAACUAAACGUAGUGUCCGUAAUCAAAGGCUUACCCAAACAAUCCUAGUUACAAAAGCGUGCAUUAUUUGAUAGUAAUAGAUUGUAUGCUAGGAGCGCACAACCGACGACCAUUGAUAAUUCGUCAGUGAUGAAACAUCGUCUAAAAUUCUUAGUGUGUGUAGACCUUUAAUGUAGUUUUUAUCAAGUGUGUGUAAUAGUCGUUAAUAAGUUAAAUUAGAUGUUUCCGAAACUAAUGCCACUUCCCAGUGCAAUCCAUUAGUCUAUACGAUGAGCAAUGUUUUGAUGUAAUUUAUAAUAUUAUGAUAUUACUGUGUAAUUAUCAGUAAACGUGAUUUAAUGUGAAUGUAAGCGAAUGUGUAUAUCUGUAUGUGUAUAUAUAUAGCAUCUGUAUACAGGCCCGUAGGGCCAGUGAAGGUUUUAGUGGGGGGGGGGGGGCGCACAGUCUACAGUAGGAUUUUUAGAGCUAUGGUCGGCAACUUUUUGUCAGGGUGGCAAAACAUUUUUUCAGCCUCUCUCCCCCACCCCCCCCGGCUACGGGCCUGUCUGUAUAUUUUACUGAUUAAAGCGUGUACGGUAUUAACAGUGGUGGUACAAGAGGAAAGUGGGGGGGGGGGGGCGGAGAACGCGUGCCCUCCCUAUCCGUAGGACAAAAAAAUUGCUGGUUUGCAAAGGCGUAAACAAAAAUGUCUUUUCAUUCGAAGCUAGCCAUCCAAACAAUUUAAGCCAGAUUCCCCAUUUUCUUUUUUAUCGCCCCCAACACCAUCAAUUAAUCGAUGCUAAGGUGUGAUUGUGAUUUACACCCCCCACCCCACCCCCACCCCACCCCACAAUAUACUUACAAGUCUUGGCGCUGCCACAGUAUUAAUUUUACUACUUGAUGUGUAGGCUAUGGUGCUAAUUAUUUUGAUUGUUUUAUCUUCUUUUUUUGACGGUUUUUGUCAUGUAUGAAUGUGUAGCUUUUGAAUUCCUUGGUGUGAAAUAAACAUCAAUUAUAUAUUA